AUGUCGAAAAAAGAGGAGAACCAGCUUAUAGAGGAGCAACAAGAGAAAAAAGGCUUUGAUCGUGUUUGGGAUAGAUUGCCGCACAUAUCAUGGUAUCAGUUCCGAAUCACGACUCUACCUUCCGUAGCGUCGCUCGUCGGGGGUUUCAUGUCCAUUUAUCCGGUUUUUGCGCAGUUCAAGCCGCAAUAUCGCUGCCAAACAGCGCUAGAUAAAGCAGGACUAGACGUAGAUCUGUCAUUCCAAGAGAUUUUUGAUCUGACUACAAGCACUCCGUAUUGCCAAGGUUAUCAAAGCAAUCAGCUUGGCGGGUGCUUCUUCUGCGAUUUUUCCCCAGAAACAAUUACUUCUUGCGAUUCAACUUCUUUCUCAUCUCUGAAAUCAUGCCUCGGAAAAAGAGAGGCUCAAGAAAACUCGACUUGGCGAUCAUGCGAAGAUUACCAAUACGACCGCGGAACUCGUGGAAAUGAGACGAACUUCAGAGGAGAGCAGUGGGAAACGGCAGUGACUGAAUUUACUCUUCACUGUGGGAUGGAAUGGUUCGACUCCUUGUCCACUGCGCUUGGACUCCUUGGCCUUCUAGGUGGCGCAUUUUUAGCCGGACUCUAUUCAGAUCGUUUUGGUAGAAAGAAUUCUCUUCUGCUUUGGCACGCUGUCGUUGGAGCUCUUCUUAUCAUCAUGUCAUUUAUGACGACGAAGUGGGGAUACUUGGUCUUCAGAAUAUUUUCGAACGGAAUUCAUCACACAUCAUGGCUAGCAUUCGUUGUUUACUCGCUUGAAGUUCUUGGGCCGUCGAAACGCGCAGUUUCUGGAGCUACUACUCAUAUCUACUACGGCGUUGGGUACAUGCUCACAUCCAUCCUGGGCUACUACUUCCCUGAUUGGCGCGAUUUUACCUUCGCCAUCGCUGUCAUUCACCUCGUUACUCUCGUUGUUGCUCCAUUCUUCCCUGAAAGCCCAAGUUUCUUGUAUGCAAAGAAGAAGCCCGUCCAAGCUCGCAAAAUUCUCAAAACUUUCUCCGAGAAAACCAACAAAAGCCUCGAUGACAAAUUCCUCGACCAGUUGGAAGCUGAAAUCAACGAGAAAAACAACACCGAGUUAAAUAAUGAAAUGGUGAAAAAAUUCACGAUCAUCGACCUUUUUUGCCAUCGUUUACUUGCGAAAAACACGCUGAUCAUUGCCUUUGGCUUCUUCUCCGGCGUUCUUGGCUACUAUGGUUUAUCGUUCAAUGUCAGCAGUCUAUCAGGAAACCUCUAUCUCAACAAUGCUAUCAAUGGCUUCAUGGAAAUCAUCAGCUACAUCGUCGUUAUGACACUGAUGGAGUUUUGCGGAAGAAGAUGGUGCUGCGGAGGAAUCAUGUUUUUCGGAGGAAUAGUCUCACUUCUCUGCGGAACUUUACAACUCUUUGGCUACGUUAACGGUGUUCGAUGGCUUUCAUUUAUCGGAAAAUUUGCUGUUAGUGGCGCUUUAUGCUCUAUUUACAUUUUCGCCGGCGAGAUUUUUCCGACAGAAAUUCGCUCCACUGGAAUUGGCUUUGGAUCGAUGGUUGGGCGACUGGGUGGAUUCAUGAGCCCAUUUAUCAUUCAAAUAUCGAACAAGGUCCUUGUCUACUCGAUUUUCGGAAUCGUCGGAGUCCUCGGAGGAGGCCUCGUCUUUAUGCUUCCCGAAGUGAAGGGUAAACCAAUUCAUCACACAAUCGAAGAAGCUGUAGAAUUUUAUGAACAUCCUAAAGGAAAACCAGAAUCUAUGAAGAUGAGAAAACUUUGA